AUGGCCGGCUACGCUGUAAUUUCCUCCUCUAGCAGCCUCCUGCCUGCUUCGUCAACACCUAUCGGUUACCCCGUCGGUUCGACAACACCUAUUGGUUACCCCAUUGCAUCGCCCUCACCCUACCCUUAUGACAUUGUCAAGCCCAUCGAGAGCCUAGGACAAUGCUCUCAAACUAUCAUCUUCGAGUGCAUCGCCGACAGCCCCUGUGCGCCCAACGAUUUCCCCUGCAUCUGCGUGCAACUCAGCACUCUCGGCGUGCAAGCCAAGAUCAGCGGUAAAUGCUCCUCCGAACUCGCUCAGUACACUGCUUUCCAAGCCAGUGUCUGCGCCGGGGGUUACACGCCCACUUACUCCCACGGCCCUGUUCCAACUCCUUCGCACUCGAAGCCCGCCCCGCCUCCAGCUCCGGUUUACAACACCACCGUUGUUGUGCAGAACGCUACUACCGUCGUCCCCGUUCAGGUUAUUACUACCCACGUCGUCAUCACUGAAAGUGGUAAGCCGACUACCAUCCAGACUGUCGUCCCUGUUCCCGUUGUGCCUACUGGACCUGCCGCGCCUCCUGCGCCUCCGGCUGGAUACCCUACUGGACCUGCUCCCCCUCUGUUCACCGGCGCUGCUACUACGGUGAAGAUGGGUGCGUUUGCCGGUGCGAUCGGAUUCUUGGGUCUUGUUUUCGCUGGAUUGUAA